AUGUCGGGAGCGUCUUCGCCCAGCGCCCCUGCUUCCGAGUGGAAGCAUCCAGUGUACGGGCCUACCGACAAGUACACUCCGGGCAUCGCACCUAUCAAGCCCGAGUACAUCCUGCCCAAGCCCCCCGCCGCCGCUGCUGCUGCUGCUGCCGUCAAGGCUGUGGACGACGAUGCUGCCGAACGAUCCACCAACCCCGCCACUGCUGACAAUGGCGAGCCGGUGAAGAAGCUGAAGGGGGCGGCCCGCAAGCGCGCACGGCGCGAGGAAGCUGCUGCCUUGGCAGCUGCGCAGCGCGCGGACAAGAAGUCGCGCAGCGGUAACGACGACAAGAAGGGCGGCCAGAACAAGGGUCGCCAGUUCAGCUCGCUCAAGGACGCGCGUGGUCACUGCCAUGCCUUUCUCUCCAAGGGCGAAGCCGGAUGCACUUUCAAGACGGGCGGAUGCAGGUUCUCGCACGACCUCGUGGCGUACCUUCGCGCCAAGGAUCGCGAUCUCUUCAUGCCACCCAUCCCGCACAAUCAGCUCGACGCAAUGUCCGACGAGCAGAAGCAGAAGUGGCUCGAGGAACAGUACUCACUAACCCUCCUCCCCACCGACGAUGAGGAGGGUCAGACGUUCGUUCGUGCGUGCUCCUCGUCUUUCAAUGCUCCGGCUGCUGCCGGCGCUGUAGUGUCGACCGACCCCGCCCACGCGAGCAUCGACUGGACGACGUCGUGCCCGAUCUUUGCGCUCAAGGGUUUCUGCACGAUGGGGUGGAAGUGCCGCUUCCUCGGCGCGCACGUACGUCUCGUCGGCGCCUCGUCGCUUGCUGACGCUGCCAACCCCACCGGGUUCGCAGGCUCGGGGCUGGAACUGGUCACCGACGCCGAGCGCAUGGCUGCCUGGCGUGCGCGCCCGCGUGCCUUUGCGUUGAAGGAUGCAGAUCCUGACCAGGACGAGGUGAACUUCGGCACGGGCGCAGGCAUGAAGUCGCUGCGCACGCGCAAGUACCCCCUGCCCAAGACGCGCGCGGUGCUCAAGUACCUCGAGGACGAGGCGAAGCAGCUGGCCACGUCGGAUCCGCAGGCCUCGACGGCGGGUAAGGGUGCCAUUCCACACGAGGUGAUUGCCAGCGCCAUCGCAGGCAACAAUGCAGCCACUUCGGCUGCCAAGGUUGCUGCCGACGCCGAGGGAAAGACGGCGGAAGAGCUCGAGGAGAUGGAGAAUGCGCUGCGCAACGCCUCCACGCGCCGAGCGGACGCAGCAUCGUCAUCGUCGGGCAUCGACGUAGCGCGCAUCCGACCAAGCGAAAAGCGCCGACUCAACUGGAAGGGCGAGCUGUACCUCGCGCCGCUGACCACCACGGGCAACCUGCCGUUCCGACGCAUCUGCACGUCGUUCGGCUCGGACAUCCACUGCGGCGAGAUGGGCCUCGCCGAAUCGUUCCUGCACGGCAACGCCUCCGAAUGGUCUCUCGUGCGCCGCCACGCGUCGGAGCGCAUCUUUGGCACGCAGCUGUGCGGGGGCAAACCGGACCUGCUCGUGCCCGUUGCCGAGGCGCUCAAAGCCGAGGUGGGGGACGGACUGGACUUUGUCGACAUCAACUGCGGCUGUCCCAUCGACCUGGUCUACAACCGCGGCGCGGGAUCGGCACUGUUGGACCACGCGAGUAAGCUUAGCAAGAUCGUGCGCGGUAUGAAUGCGGUGUUGGGCGAUACGGCGCUGACGAUCAAGCUGCGCACGGGCACGACGGCCAAGCAAACCACACACAAGCUCUUUGCGCGCCUGCAAACCGACUGGGGCGUUUCAGCCGCUACGCUGCACGGACGUAGCCGCAAGCAGCGCUACAAGAACGAUGCCGACUGGGGCUACAUCGCCACGUGCGCCAGCACCCUGCGCAACAGCGUGCGCGAGUGGAACGAAUCGUCUCGCCACGCCGACGAGCCCGAAAUGGUGCCCAUCCCCAUCUACGGCAAUGGUGACGUCUACUCGUGGCAGGACUACUACGAGCGUCUUGACCGCACGGGGGUUGACGGCGAGAUGAUCGCGCGCGGUGCGCUGAUCAAGCCGUGGCUCUUUACCGAGAUCAAGGAGCGUCGCGACUGGGACAUCUCCUCUCGCGAGCGGCUGGACAUGAUCCGCGACUUUGCGCAUUACGGGUUGGAGCACUGGGGCAGCGAUACGCACGGCGUCAACACGACGCGGCGGUUCAUGUGCGAGAUGAUGAGCUUUACGCACCGGUACGUCCCCACGGGUUUGCUGGAGUUCCUGCCCAGCCGGCUGAACGAUCGACCGCCCAUGUUCAGGGGCAGGGACGAGUUGGAGACGCUGCUCGCCAGUGGCAAGGCCGACGACUGGGUCAAGGUGUCCGAGAUGUUCCUCGGCAAGGCGCCCGACGAGUGGAGCUUUACGCCCAAGCACAAGAGCUCGAGCUAUGCCGAUGCGGAUGCGGCCGAGCAGCAGGGCUAG